GGAAAAGAAGAAAGCUAAAUUUUGUUAGGUUAUGUUUUUUUUUAUUUUUAAAACAGAAAAUUUUUGACUUUAAACGUUAAUUUAUUGUUAUUUUAUACUAAAUAACAAUGAACAACGAGUAUGGUUCAAGACUACUGCCACCUGCAAAAGAAACUACACGAGCAGCUUGUAAAAAAUGCGGCUACGCAGGACAUUUAACUUAUCAAUGCAGAAAUUUUCUGAAAAUUGACCCAAACAAGGAAAUAGUUUUGGAUGUGAGUAGUACAAGCAGUGACAGCGAUGUGGACUAUUUAACACCCUUAACUGAACUGCGGGAGAAAGAGCUAAAAGAAAAAUUAAAGGAAAAGAAAAGCAAAAAGAAACACAAAAAGAGUUUGAAGAAAAAAAAGAAAAGAAAGUAUUUGAGUGAAGAUGAAUCAGACCAGCCAUCCGAUAGUGAAGAUAAAGGCAAGAAAUCUGAAAAACAUAAAGAACACAAAAAGAAAAAGGAAAAGAAACAUAAAAACAAAAAACGUAGAAGACAUAAUAGUGACUCCUCCAGCAACAGUGACUGAGGUACAGGACCUCUAAAGUGUUAAAAAAACAAGUUUUGCAUUUACAGCAUAACUAUAUAUUAAAUUUAAGACCUAUAUAACAUUCUAUAAUUUAAAAAUAAUUUUCUUAUAUAUAAAACAAUGAUAACAUUAUAAAAAGAUUUUAUAUAAGUCUUUAAACUAAAUCUCUAUAUGUGGGAACAGUAGAUACAUAAUAUAUCCAGUACUGUGUUAAG